CAAUCUCCGAGUCCUUCUGCUCUGGGGUUUUGUGUUAUAUACUUAACGUUUUUUACAGUGAUUGAACCGCCGACGGAAAAGGUGUAAGAUAUGUGGAGGGCAGCAGCUGGUCAGACAGUAUCUGUUAAAGUAGAUGAUGGAGCGGAUGAUUGGGAAACUGACCCUGAUUUUGAGAAUGAUGUGACAGAAAAAGAGCAGCGAUGGGGAGCUAAAACAGUGGAAGGCUCAGGACACCAGGAACACAUCAAUAUCCAUCAGCUACGUGAGAAGGUGUCCUCCGAGCACACUAACCUGAAACAGAAAGAGCUGGAGACUAUGCCCAAGGCCUCUCAUGGCUAUGGGGGCAAAUUUGGUGUACAGCAAGAUCGCAUGGACAAGUCUGCUGUGGGCCAUGAAUAUCAGAGUAAGCUGUCCAAACACUGCUCCCAGACUGACACCUCCAAGGGAUUUGGCGGCAAAUUCGGCGUGCAGGCCGAUCGUGUGGAUCAGUCUGCUGUUGGCUUUGAUUAUGCCGGAAAGACUGAGAAACAUGCCUCUCAGAAAGACUAUGCAACUGGGUUUGGGGGGCGCUAUGGGGUGCAGGCCGACCGAGUGGACGGGAGUGCUGUCGGCUUUGAUUACCAGGGCAAAACUGAGAAACAUGAGUCUCAGAAAGAUUAUACCAAAGGCUUUGGUGGAAAGUUUGGAGUGGAGACUGAUAAGGUGGACAAAAGUGCGGUGGGAUUUGAAUACCAGGGGAAGACGGAGAAGCACGAGUCUCAGAAAGACUAUGUGAAGGGUUUUGGUGGGAAAUUCGGAGUGCAGACGGACAGGCAGGACAAGUCGGCUGUAGGAUGGGACCACCAGGAGAAACUGCAGCUCCACGAGUCUCAGAAAGACUAUAAGCGGGGUUUCGGAGGGAAGUACGGGGUAGAGGUGGAGAAGCAGGACAAGUGUGCUCUGGGCUUUGAGCAUAAAGAGAGCCUGGCCAAACAUGAGUCUCAGCAAGAUUACUCCAAAGGUUUUGGAGGGAAAUAUGGUGUCCAGAAGGACAGGAUGGACAAGAGUGCCGGAACUUUUGAGGAAGUGGAAAAACCAGGCACUGCCUACCAGAGAACCAAGCCUGUUGAAGCAGCUGGCGCUAGCGCUAGCAGCAUUAAGGCUCGUUUUGAGAACAUUGCGAAGCAGAAAGAAGAGGAGGACAGAAAAAGAGCAGAAGAAGAGAGGGCCAGACGUCAAGCCAAGGAGAGACAGGAGCAGGAGGAGGCGCGCAAAACGAAUGAGGAGUCAGCCAAAGCCCAACCUCCCUCACCUCAGCCAAGUCCCACACCCCCAGCUACACAAGUCUAUGAGAACACAAAUCUGUAUGAGGAACCCACCAAUGACACGGCUGAAAACGGGGAUGAAACAUAUGAGACGGUACCGUCCUCUGAGCCAACAUACGAGCCGGUCCAGGAGGAGCUCUACCAGAACCCAGAACAAGAGACAGAUACCCAGUCAUAUGAUUAUGGAGAGGACCUGGGUGUGACUGCUGUGGCUCUUUAUGACUAUCAGGCUGCUGGCGAUGAUGAAAUCUCCUUUGAUCCUGAUGACAUCAUCACAAACAUAGAGAUGAUUGAUGAGGGCUGGUGGAGGGGUGUGUGUCGCGGGGCAUAUGGACUUUUCCCAGCCAAUUACGUCGAAGUUCGGCCGUAAGGACAAAACUGGCCAUAUUGAGGCCCGUCAUCCCCACUCCCUGGAGGAGAGGGGCUUUCUCACUCCUCUUCAUCUCUUCAUUUCUUACUCUCUGUCCUUCGUGGUGCACUUCCUACAAUAUGUUUGGCAGUCUCAGGUUUUUUCAUUUAUUUGAUUCUCUCUUUCUUUUACUUUCUUCUGCUUAGUCCUUUUCCCCUCUCCCUCUUGCUAUUUUUUUUUUAUCUCUCUCCCUCUCUCUCUCUCUCUCCUUUCUCUUUCCUACCUUUUUUUGAACACUAAGACUACGUAGAUAUUAGAGGUAUUCCCCAUACCUGACUGUCCUGAGAGAGAGAGGAAGCUAAUAUUACAUUAUUCUUACCAGAGCAAGAACUUUCUUAGUCUGACUUAAUCUGACUUAGUCUGUAAUUAGAACUCCUAUUGAUCCCGCCCUCUCACCCAUAAUCUGUAUUCAGCCCCCGCUUCACCGGCCCAUGCAGUCUCCAACAGACGGGUCAAAGAGAGGUCAUCCCUUCGGUUUUUAGUAUUGAUGACUGGCCAUGAGGUUGUUGGUAUUUUAGAGAAUGUGGUACUCUUUUAACCUCCUCAGCAUCGCGAACUGAUGGAGACAGACGUGUACUGUAUGGAGAAGAGUUAAGAUCACCAAAGACAUUAGAGCUCAUAGCACUUCACAGAGCAUUAACAUUAGUAAAAUAAACAGUGUUUUUUUUUUUUUUUUUUCCAUGGAUAAUUACAAAAAAAAAAAAAAAAAAUCAAUCAUGCUUCCAUAGUCUGAUAAAGGCACGCUUGCUUCACGCUAAGUCAUAUAAUAUGCAGUUUCUGAAGCUUCUGAUUUUCAGUUGCCUUUCUUUGAAAACUAAUUGGUGAGGGGAUAUUCUUAUUUACAGUAUUUGAGAAUAGAAAGAGAAAAGAGGCCAAAAAUCGAUGAGAUAAAACUAUCACUGCCUCUGUCAUUUUCCCUCUUAUUGGCAUGUAGCAAAAGUAUCUCAUUUAUCACUCGUGGCCCAGUGAACAUUUUUUUUGGUAAAAGAAAGAAAAUUCCAUCCAUAGACAGUGUACAAAGUUGUGUAUAAAAGGAAUAUGUUUUUCACAUGGUUGGAGAGAUAUAUAUUGAGGGAAAAAAAAAAAACAUGGAAAGGAAAAUGUCUUGUGUAAUGUGUUAAGUGUAGAUGAAGUGUGUAUGCCUCUCUCAUGGGCAUGUAAUGCUGUGUCUGAGUCCCUUGUUCUUGUCCAUGUCAAUGUACAGUCCAUGGGUAAUGGUUAAUGAAAUUUGGGGCCACUUUGAAAAAACCGACCAAUACUGUAUGGAGGGGGAAAAAAGAGAAAGAGUGGAUUCAAAUGAUUUAGUGUUUCUGAUGGAAUAGUAUAAUGGGGGGGAAAUAAUGAUUGUGUGUUAGCUUAAUGAUAUGCAUUUAUUUUAAAGGGUGACAUAUGACAAUCCCAUUCUGGUGUGUUGGAGAAUUGAAUUCUGUAAUAUUCGUUAGUAACUGCUUUGUAGCAUUACUCAUCACAUCAUCAGUUGGUUUGGGGUUUUAUAAUAAAGUGACCUUUCCAGAUAUAUUAUUUUUAUCUGUACUUCUCGCUUAAAUCUCAUCACAUGCUUG